AUGCCCUUAGACCAACGCAUCUGUUGUCACCAGGUUAGUGGGAAUGAUGCUGCCAGCGCCCUGGUUUCCCACGGUGCAGCCUCACUAUCGCACGGGAAUCAGCCCGAACUGCGAACUCUCACCCGUGCAGUUGGUGACGUCGUGUCCAUUCCCGGCUCCGCCGAGCAGACCAAAGAGUGGCAUGCAAAAGGCUCAUCUAUCACAGCCCUUGCCACAACAUUCAUCAGCCGCACCAGUGGCAUCACCAUACCGGCGAUUCCACGACUCCGUCUUAUGCUCACCCGGUGA